UGCUACUUGGCGUUCUUGAAAGUGUUUCUUUAUUGAGAAAUGAAUACUACCUUCACAAAUAGUUUUCCUUCACACUAACGAUGAAAUAGGUUUUCGUUUUUUAGUUCCACCAACCAUUAUUUCGUUUUGGUGUGUUUCAGUUUCCCGGAGUAGCAUGGAACAUGCAGAUCAGAGUGUUGUUCUCGUUACCACUCGUUGAAAUGCUACACCCCCCGUGAUGCCAUGACGAGCGACGACGUGCCGCGGGGUCAGAGUGGCCGUUUUGCCGACAGCAGCUCCUUGUGGUUGAAUCUUGGCCCGAGACAGGAGAGCGAGCUGCUACCACCGGGAGCAGAAAUCAACGCCACAGCACACCAGAACGGCAAUGGGAUAAGUGGCGCCGGACCAACUGUCGAAAGUCCUGAUGCCUCUUCCUCCUACGAACGAUGGCGCUAUUCUUUGUUGCGUUGGCGCUUAUCACGGUCAUAUUUGGGGUAUAACAUGGCGUUGCUCGCGAUAGUUAGUUUGCUCUUACUCUGGAACUUGAAGCGACUUGCGACUACUGGCUUUCUACCGCGGUGGCGACAUCAUCCUUGGGAAGAGGCCUUAGAAAUCGUUAUUGCCUUGCUGCUUCUGGCAGAAUGCGGAACUACACUUUUUCUUCUAGGAUUUGAUCGGUUCCGACGCUCUUUUUGGCUGAAACUCGAUUUCUUCGUGGUUUGCGUGUCCUGGCUCAGCUUAGUUAUGGUUAUCGCUAUGUGGAACUCGCUUAGCGUCGGUAGUUUUAGGCUGCAAUAGUUACCACACAGAAGGUUUUUUGUAAAUUUUUCGCGGAUAUUUAUACUCAUAGUUUCAAUUCGUUGAAAAUACCGCUCGACGCAACGUCAUUCAGACUCUAGAAGUAAUAGUCCCUCUUCAUCUUUCUCUGGGCGAUAUGGCAGCUUUCGUCGAGCAAGCACAAGGCCGGACAGGAACCCACAUUGGUGGAAAAUUUCGAGUUACCGUUUCUAGUGCUACGUUUCAUGGUGCAGCCUUUGCGAGUUGUCAGUCAAGUGACGCAACUUCAGCGUGCACAGCGAAGUCUUGAUGUCGACAAUGUUGAUUUCUCAAGACUUGAAGACCUUUCGGGCGACUCAAAUGGCUUUGGAAGACCAGCCCUAUCAGGAACAUGAAUUAAACAACAUCGAUGUAGUUCGAGGAAUAUUCAUGCCUUUAGUAAGUAGAGUUAGUUUUAUGAGUAGCUGGCUUUGCUACUAGUCGCUUAAAAAUUUAACGAUCCAUUGACGCGAUUUGUUGAAACGCGAACAAAU